AUGGCCCGCAUCAAGCAAACCAACCGCAAGCCGAGUGUGAAGCCACUUGUAACCUGGACACGAUUUUAUCUGCCACGGGACCAUGUAUGGCCGGGCUGGGACGGCGACCACGACAAUAUCCAUAUUGGUCCGCUUCGUAAUGUAGUGGUUGUUCGAGGGCUAAAGCUUCGAAGAUUAAUUGACGACCCAGAGCAGGCCGCCUAUCUCAUCGAAUGGGAAGAUCGAGAGAGCUUUGAAGCAUUUUUGUCAUCUCCAGCAUGUGUCGAGUUUUUGAAUAACCUUCCAGAACAUGCAGCGCAUACAGAAGAUCCAGGCUCGGCUACUGUCUCCCAGCUGAAUGAGAUGACUUUGAGCGACAACCCGGAAUCAUCAUUAGCUGUAAAGUCGCGAUUUUGUCUCUGCAAGCAUACUAAUAACAGACCCACGGCCCAACUGGAAGGUAUCAUUACGUUGACUGUAUUUUCAGUACCUGGUACAGUUAAAGAACAUCUAGCCUCUGAAAAACUUCCAGAACCUCUGCAACAGGCCUUCAGCGGCUUUUACCCCGGCGGCUCCCUAGUGUCUACGUAUCGUCGAUAUGGCCAUGCUACGUCAUUUUCCACGUUCUGGACGAUGGUACUUGAAGAGGACAAAUGUGUAGCGCGUAAAUUUGGGACGAUGCCGCUUCAGCCAGCAGGACCGAGUCGUGUCAUCUUUUGCCAUGCCUACUCCUGGUCUUACAGCUUCGAGGAACCCCGCGAAGAAGAAGCAGCGUCUGUCAGAAAUGAAGCGGCACAGAAAGCAUGGCAACAGAUGAUAGCACGGGCAAUGCCUCCCGCUACAGCCUGUAUACAAGAACGCUGGCAUAUUCAGAGGAUACCAGUAUUUGACUCACCAAUAACGAAAGACGACCCUGAAUGGGAAAAAUAUGAAGAACACGAGAUAAGGAUACGAGAAUUUCUGCGCAAUCAUGGUGACCACAUCCCCUUUGAAGAGAAUGAGGAGGCCCUUAUUGCCAAAUAUCUAGGCUCUGAUUGAUCAACAAGGAUGCAACUUGUCGAAAUUGUAUUAUCAAGAAUAAAACCAUGACACCAAGUUAUCCUCCACUCACCACGAUUAGCGCCUUUC